AUGGCCAAGGCCCCAAAUCAUGGAGCCCUCCGAGACGACUCCCACCACCCGGACGCUUCUCCCGGUCCAAGCGAAGAGGACAGAAGUCUCCUUGCCGAUGAUCCCCUCACCAACGAUGGGCCGCACAGCGGCAAUGUUGUCCCCGGUGGCGACGGCGGCGAGUACUUCGUGACGAAGCAUGCGACAUCCCUCCGCUCGCCAGGAACGCCGCGGACCCCGAACCGCGUCCGCUUCAACCCCAUCCCCUCCAUCGUCGAACCGCCGCCGCCGCGCCCCUCCAUGACUGCGAGAAACGGCUCCGCCCGCCAGAGCCGCGACAGCUUCGACAUCGACGACGAGCUCUUCCAGCACGCCCCCGGCCCCGAUGAUCACGACGACCACCACCGCCUGCCCCUGCUGACCGACAUCGAGGCCCCCUCCAUCGCUCUCGCCAACAGUCCCUGGGGAGCCGACGCCGAGGAUGUACACGAGUGGGCCGAGCAGGAGCGCGCGCGUCCCAAGUCGGGUCUGCGAAUGGCUUUCAUGAAUAUGGCCAACUCUAUCAUUGGUGCCGGCAUCAUCGGCCAGCCAUACGCGUUCAAGCAGGCCGGACUGCUGGCCGGCACCAUCCUGCUCGUUGUCCUCACCGUCGUCGUCGACUGGACCAUUUGUCUCAUCGUCAUCAACAGCAAGCUGUCCGGGAGCAACAGCUUCCAGGGCACUGUUGAGCACUGCUUUGGCAGGACGGGACUCAUCGCCAUCUCGGUCGCGCAAUGGGCGUUUGCCUUUGGCGGCAUGGUCGCAUUCGGUAUCAUCGUUGGCGACUCAAUACCCCACGUCUUUUUGGCCAUUUGGCCCGAUUUGAGGGAGAUGCCAGUAUUUGGCCUCUUGGCGAAUCGCCAGGUCGUCAUUGUCAUUUUUGUCCUGGGCAUCAGUUACCCGCUGACCUUAUACCGGGAUAUUGCAAAGCUAGCGAAAGCAAGCACAUUGGCCCUCAUUAGCAUGGGAGUCAUUGUGACGACGGUCGUGGUUCAGGGAGCCCUGACUCCCAAGUCCGAACGCGGAUCUUUCUCGCCUGCUCUUCUAACUGUGAACACCGGCAUAUUGGAAGCCAUUGGCGUGAUUUCAUUCGCGUUCGUCUGCCAUCACAACUCUCUCCUGAUCUACGGCUCUCUCAGAACGCCCACGAUAGACCGCUUCUCCCGCGUCACGCACUACUCUACAGGCAUCUCCAUGGUCGCCUGCCUUCUGAUGGCACUGGCAGGAUUCCUGACUUUCGGCGACAAGACACUCGGCAACGUCCUCAACAACUUCCCCUCGGACAACGUCAUGGUUACCUUGGCCCGCCUGUGCUUCGGGCUCAACAUGCUGACUACCCUACCUCUCGAGGGCUUCGUUUGCCGAGAGGUCAUGUUCAACUACUUCUUCCCUGGCGAGCCAUUCAACAUGAACCUCCACCUCAUAUUCAGCUCCGCUCUCGUCGUUUCUGCCAUGGUCAUGAGUCUUCUCACUUGCGACGUCGGCAUCGUCUUCGAGCUUGUCGGCGCCACGUCCGCGUGCGCGAUGGCCUACAUCCUCCCACCACUGUGUUACAUCAAGCUGACGACUCGAUCGUGGAAGACGUACGUCGCAGCCGCCAUCGUUGUUUUUGGUAGCUUGGUUAUGGUAAUUAGUCUGAUACAAGCGGUUGGUAAAAUAAUCAGAAACGAUGGCGGACCGGCGCAAUGCAUGUAA